AUGUCUCUGUACCGCAACUUGGCUUGGUUCCUCAAGGGGAUGACAGAGUUCACCAGGAGCGCCUUCUUGUCAGCUUCCAAGCGCUUUAUGGAGAAGGACCUGGAGGUGUCUUUGGCGGGGCGCUCCUUCAUGAUAACUGGAGCUAACAGUGGCAUUGGGAAGGCCACGGCUAUGGCGAUCGCAAGGAGAGGUGGAACAAUCCACAUGGUGUGCAGGAACAAGGACAAGGCAGAGGAGGCGAGGGCAGAACUUGUCAAGGAAACGGGAAAUAAGGAGAUCUACGUGCAUAUCCUGGAUAUUUCUGAGACCAAGAAGGUCUGGGAGUUUUCUGAGGCCUUCAAGCGGAAGUACAAGGCUCUGAAUGUCCUGAUUAAUAACGCUGGCGGCAUCAUGAGUCAGCGGGAAAUGAACGCGGAGGGUUUUGAGAAGAGCUUUGCCACCAACGUCCUCGGGAUUUACAUUCUCACCAAGAGUCUCAUUCCUUUGCUGGAGAAGAGUGGAGACCCCAGGGUGAUCACUGUGUCAUCAGGAGGGAUGUUGGUGCAAAAGCUCAGGAUAGGGAACCUGCAGUCUGAGAGAGGCCGCUAUGACGGCACCAUGGUCUACGCCCAACACAAGAGGCAGCAGGUGGUGAUGACAGAGCAGCUUGCCAAGAUUCACCCUAAUAUUCACUUCUCUGUCAUGCAUCCUGGCUGGGUGGACACUCCUGCGGUAGCAAACGCAAUGCCCGAGUUUCAUCAAUCUAUGAAGGACAAACUGCGGACCCCGGAGCAGGGCGCAGACACUGUAGUGUGGCUGGCUGUGUCAGGGGCUGCCAACGCCAACCCCAGCGGACGCUUCUAUCAGGAUCGUAGGAUGGUGGCCACCCACCUGCCGCUGGCUUGGACCCACAGUUCCCCCCUGGAGGAGCAGAAGCUCAUAUCAGCACUGGAUGACCUGGCCAAGAUGUCCCAACCACAUUGAGGUCGAAAGGGGGCACCAGUGGACACUCACCAGUAAAAUUAGUAAUACUCACCAAGACCGCAGCCAGUA